ACCAGCACUGCGGGGCGGUGGCCAUGUUGCGGGGCACUCACGUGAGGGGCGCACGUCCGCGAGUGGUCACGUGACCGGGACGCGCCGCAGCCGCCCGGGGCGCACCCGGCGAGAGGCAGCGGCAGUGAUGGACGGGUCGGGGGAGCAGCUCGGAGGCGGCGGGCCCACCAGCUCUGAGCAGAUCAUGAAGACAGGAGCCUUUUUGCUGCAGGGUUUCAUCCAGGAUCGAGCUGGGAGGAUGGCAGGGGAGACACCUGAGCUGACCUUGGAGCAGCCACCCCAGGACGCAUCCACCAAGAAGCUGAGCGAGUGUCUCAGGCGAAUUGGAGAUGAGCUGGACAGCAACAUGGAGCUGCAGAGGAUGAUUGCCGACGUGGAUACAGACUCCCCCCGAGAGGUCUUCUUCCGUGUGGCAGCAGAGAUGUUUGCUGAUGGCAACUUCAACUGGGGCCGGGUGGUUGCCCUUUUCUACUUUGCUAGCAAACUGGUGCUCAAGGCCCUCUGCACCAAAGUGCCCGAGCUAAUCAGAACCAUCAUGGGCUGGACACUGGACUUCCUCCGAGAGCGGCUGCUUGUCUGGAUCCAGGACCAGGGUGGCUGGGUGAGACCCUUUAGUCCUUGCCACACUUUAGAUGAGGAGUUCUCAACCUUCCUAAUGCUGCGACUCUUUCUUCAGUUGCUCAUGUUGAGGACGGCCUCCUCUCCUACUUCGGGACGCCCACGUGGCAGACAGUGACUAUCUUUGUGGCUGGAAUCCUCACUGCCUCUCUCACGAUCUGGAAGAAGAUGGGCUGAGGCCGCCCGCCGCCUUGGACUGUGUUUUUUCUUCAUAAAUUAUGGCAUUGGGGGGGGGGUGAAUGGGGACAGG